GACAUCAGUUUCAACAAAACCUUAAUUUGCAGCGUUUUUCAACAAUUACCACUAGUUGUUUUGUGGUUUUCUCACUUGCCUUGUUUAAUAAGCGAAUAUUUGGGCUGAUUUAAGGCGCUGCACCGGUCUGCACUAUGUCACUGAAAAGGAAGCCCGAUUCUCAAGUGCCAGCCGAGGAGAGUGACCAGUUAACCAUCAGACCCCUGGGCGCCGGGCAAGAGGUCGGCCGGUCAUGUAUCAUGGUGGAGUUUAAGGGCAAGAAGAUUAUGCUGGAUUGUGGCAUUCAUCCAGGGUUGUCUGGGAUGGACGCGCUGCCCUACGUAGACCUGAUUGAGGCCGACGAGAUCGACCUACUUCUCAUAUCCCACUUUCAUUUGGACCAUUCGGGCGCGCUGCCCUGGUUCCUGUUAAAGACCAGCUUCAAAGGGCGCUGCUUCAUGACCCACGCCACUAAGGCUAUCUACAGAUGGCUUCUCUCCGACUACAUCAAAGUCAGUAACAUUGCGACGGAGCAAAUGUUGUACACUGAGGCCGACCUGGAGGCCAGCAUGGACAGAAUCGAAACCAUUAACUUCCACGAGGAAAAGGACAUUAUGGGCAUUCGAUUUUGGGCGUACAACGCUGGCCAUGUGUUAGGCGCUGCCAUGUUCAUGCUGGAAAUUGCUGGAGUUAAGAUACUGUACACCGGGGACUUUUCAAGGCAGGAGGAUCGGCAUCUGAUGGCGGCAGAAAUCCCCACAAUCAGGCCGGAUGUUUUGAUUACGGAGUCCACAUAUGGCACGCAUAUCCACGAGAAUCGGGACGACCGCGAGAACCGCUUCACCUCGCUGGUACACGACAUAGUAAACAGGGGCGGCCGUUGCCUGAUCCCAGUGUUCGCGCUGGGCAGAGCUCAAGAGCUUCUGCUAAUUUUGGACGAGUACUGGGGUCAGCACCCGGAGCUGCACGACAUUCCCAUUUACUACGCCUCAUCGUUGGCGAAAAAGUGUAUGGCCGUCUACCAAACGUACAUCAACGCAAUGAAUGACCGAAUCAAGAGGCAGAUCGCUAUCAGCAACCCGUUUAUUUUCAAGCAUAUCUCAAAUCUAAAGGGCAUUGAUCAUUUCGAGGAUAUUGGGCCUUGUGUGAUCAUGGCCUCUCCUGGUAUGAUGCAAAGCGGCCUGUCCAGAGAGCUUUUCGAGUCCUGGUGCACUGAUUCGAAGAACGGCGUCAUAAUCGCAGGUUAUUGCGUGGAGGGUACACUAGCCAAGACCAUCCUGUCCGAGCCCGAAGAAAUCACCACGAUGAGCGGCCAAAAGCUGCCCCUGAAAAUGUCGGUCGAUUAUAUUUCAUUUUCCGCCCACACGGACUACCAGCAAACCAGCGAGUUUAUUAAGAUCCUGAAGCCGCCCCAUGUGGUGCUGGUCCACGGAGAGCAAAACGAAAUGUCGCGCUUAAAAGCGGCGUUGCAGCGCGAAUUCGAAGAGGAUCAGAACACCUCCAUUCAGCUGCACAAUCCGCGCAAUACACACACAGUGGAGCUGUAUUUUCGCGGCGAAAAAACAGCGAAAGUUAUGGGAACGCUGGCCGUUGAAGAACCGCAGCCGGGCAAGCUGAUCCAGGGCAUCUUGGUGAAGCGCAACUUUAACUACCACAUCCUCAGCGCAGAUGACCUUGCCAAAUAUACCGAACUGAGUCUGAGUGAAAUCACGCAGAGGCAGAGUCUGGCGUAUUCGGGUAACCCGGGGGUGUUGCGCCACCUGCUGGCACAGGUGUGCGGCCUGAUGGAGAACCUGGAGGGCGAUAAGCGCAUGAAGGCGUUCAACGCCGUCGAGAUCAUCAUCGAACCCAAAAUGGUCAUUCUCGAGUGGGUGGCCAAUCCGGUGAACGACAUGUACGCUGACGCCAUCGUCGCCGCCGUGCUUCAAGCGGAUUUGCUGGACACGCCCACUAAGUGUUUGGCAACCAGCGUCAAAGUGGACCGAAUGCAUUUCAAGGAAUGCCUGAUCGAGAUGCUGCAAGACAUGUUUGGGGAGGAUUCCGUGCCGAAGAUCUUCAAAGGGGAAAAGCUAUACGUGAGCGUCAACGACAAGAGGGCCGACAUCGAUCUGACCAACUUGGAGGUGAAAUGUCCGAACGACGAAACGUUUCAGCAAAUCGUCCAAACGGCCGUGUCCAAGCUGUACCAAAGCUUAGCGCCCCCUCAACUAGACGGGUGACUGUGAUUACUUGACUUAUCUUUAUAUUUACAUUUUUUUUAAGCUGGCGAUUAAAAAUAGUUUUUUAAAUAUAUUGAUGAAUAAAAAAUGACUCACAGUUACGAUCAACGACAAAUGACAGCGCAACUUUCAUAAAGUUGGAGGUAUAGCCGGCAACACAGCAUCAGUUUCAGUCAAAACGUCGUUUGGCACAUUGACUGAUCAAGUUAAAAGUUAAAUGCUCACAAAGACGCGAAAUUUCAUAGAAUUAAACACUCGAAUACAGCGUGAUCAGAAACUUAAGUAAAUGUUUCUAGAAGUCAAUGCAACUGAAAGUGUCCCAGUCCUACAGGACUUUGAAAUCUUUGCAAAGGAACAUGAACUCUGAAUUUGAGGCCAUUUGACUAAAAACACGGUCAUUGGAAAUAAGCGAGUCAUUUAGGGCCCUGAAAUUGGUUAAAAAUUGGAUAUUAUAACACUGACUUAUCUUCCGUCCAUUGCAAAAAUUGGACUUUGACAGCUGUCUUGUUGUGUCAAUUGUUUAGGAAUAUCAGUGAUAGUGAUAUUCAGCGGCAACAAAGUAAUUUUGUUCAACACAACUCUUUGCUAACUUUGGGGCAAAGUAACAACGAGCUCCUAAUUCUGAACAUGUUUAUUAUCUAAAGGAGUUCAAAAACAAACUUUUGCAGUCCUGACUUAUAUGCAAUACAGAUACUUGAGAUACAUAAGCAAGUAGGCAAGAAACCAAUACAUAAAAAUCACUGCCUUGAUUCGUCGCAACUUCCACUUGCUUUAGUUGGUGUUGGGAUGGGUAUACGGUUGGUUUUUACACAUUCAACGACUAUAUUACGUAUGUUUUGCUUGUUUUCGUCUACAAAAGAGGAUAUUUUGUCCACUUUGGACUACCGUUUCUUUGUAAAGAUUCAAAUACAUAAGAAAUAGACGAACUUAGCUUGUGAACGCUAAUAACCGAAAAGCUACAAUAACAUUACUUGAUUUCGAAACGAUUUACAAAAAGAUAUAUUUAGUGUGCGGGUGGAAGGGGGCGUAAACUAAAUAAAAAAAAACAAUUGACUAGAUUUUUAAAUAAAUCAAAAUCCAAUGACUCGAUACUAUGCAACACAGUACGUUAAAUACUUACAAAUGUAUUUUAUUUAAUUUAUACACAACAAUGUUUACCGCGUUUUUAGACAACUGGUGCCGCAUCGAUCUAGGCAGUCAUUUGUGCCAAGUCGCCUCUGUUUUGUCUUGAUAUGUUCGAUUUUUCUUAUAAAACAUCGAAAAGAUUGCGCUCGGCUCUCGAGAGAUGAGAGCUUGCAACUCACCAGCGAACUAAGAAAGCGGUAACGCACAUUACUAAUAAUCACCGACUAGAAUGGAUGAUUGCGUCUCACCGUGACAUAGAAAACAGCUUGAUUUUGCUUGCUAUACAGUGAUCGAGUUGUGUUGGGGAUUCCCAAAGAAUGAAACAGUCGUUGACAGUGAAUCGUUGAUGCGAAUGUUCCUAAGACGGCGAUUCUUGUCAACGGUUCAACAUCAAGUAUCCGUGUUCGGAAUGUUUGACAUAAAAUGCACAUUACCACUUGGUUAAAAGGCCCAAAAAGACCAGCGUGUCACUAUUAAUAAUCAAUAGAACAAUGCGAAUGAUAGUUUACGUUACUACAUAAAUGACUGAAGCUACUUUAAUUAUUAGUAUUUAAGCGCCAUAUACUUUUAUGUACAUUUAUAUAAUAAUAUGGUAUAUUAUUAUUAUAGUUUAAUGUCUCAGGUUGUUUGUAUCGGUGGUUCCGUGAAGGUACUGAACCGUUUUACGAGAGUGCGCCAGGCGACGCUCCGGUCGUAUCGUCCAACAUUUGUCUACUUGAGCUUAGAAUUAGGUUUGGGUCCA